AUGCUUGUAACAGCAGAGGAAAAGUUGAGCAAUAAGAAUUACAAUAUGAUGCAUGCAAUGUAUGAGUGCACAAUAGAUAACCUCGUCAAGCUGUUGGCCAUUACAUUAUCUGUAUGCUUAUUGAUAGUCAUGGUUAUUUUCUCUGUCUACCAGUUUAAACUCAAAGGAAUGGAGUUUGUUAGUUCUCUCAUAGUGGGUGCUCAUGUUUCCAUUCAGUUUUGGAUGGAUACUCAUGAAGAAAGUUAUAGUUCAGAAGUUUCUAAAACGGUUGAAAAAUACUGCGCAGAAACCAACCAUCAUCAUGAUCAGAUAUUAAAAUCCAUCUAA